AUAUCUACUAAAAUGUAUCAGCUGUCAGCAUGGUCAAGUACGUUUUAUGACUAAGUACACGUACACUCGAUAAUUCUAAUAAUUAGUUCUAAUAUCUACAUCACGAUGUAUUUUUCGAACAGUCACAUUUGUACUUGAUAUAGUGAUUAUAUUUUUGCAACCGUAUCGAAACGUGCAGCGAUAAUGAUCGAUAAUGGAGAUCUAAAAUGUUUUAUCGAUCUUUGCUAUCUACACCCGACAAGAUGGCUAAGCUAAAACAUUUUGUGCACUUGAAAACGUUCGAUUGGAAACGAAAACAAAAAGAAAAAAGUCUGAAUAGUAACAAGGACAAAAAACACACAGAUUGAAUAAAGUUUUAGAAGGAUACGACUGAGUAAAUCAUUAGUUAUUUUUUGUAAGAUUCCACGAAGAUCGAUCGACCGAAAUAAGGAUGUUUGCUACGCGGCAAGUAAUUCGUCGUUCGACAAUGUUGGUAAUAUUUGGUAAUAUUUCUUUACGCCGUCGCUGUUUUAUUGCGACAUUGUGCAAGAAACGUUUCGUUAUCGUAAUCGUCGUGGACUUUUACCUUAGUGGCAGCAGGUCUUUUUCUUGAAAAUACUUUUCCACACCUGGCCGAAUCGUUUCGAUCUGGUAAACUCGGUUGACCUUCAGUACCAAGAAACCAUCCAACGUUGUGAAAUUGAUAUUUUUGUUUUUAUUCGAUACGGAUAUAGAAAAAAAGAUCGCGAACCAAAAGAAAGACUAAGCGAAAGAAGAAGAAGAAGAAGAAGAACGCGCGAUAGUCGAUAGAUUCGUCCGAACGUUAAAGCGCUAUAAACGUAGAGCCGAUAAUUUCGUAGGAUCGUGUCGGGUAGGAGAAAAAGAAAAGGUAGUCGGGGGAAUACGUAAAAGAAAAGAAGUGUGCGAGGAGGGGUCAUCGUUACGGAGAGAGAAGGCGCGUUCGUUCCGUUGCUACCACCAGGAGGGACGAAGGCAUCCCGGUUAAAAGUCGUGCUUUAUACGGUGGCUGUUCCGCUCUCUGGUGGGAGAAGUGAUAGUCCUUACCGGGGUAUACCACGGCGGCACAUUAUACGGCUAUGGUGGAAUCAGUCACUGGCGAGUUGUGGGUGGUGACUAGUCGACGACCCAUCCGUCCCUCGAUCUCUCGCUCGAUCUCUCGGUAGAUCUCUCGGUAGAUCUCCGAUAGAUCUCGGUAGAUUCCUCGUCCGUCCGUUCUUACGUAUUAGUGCUUCUUCCGCGUUUCCUCCUCGUUGUCGUUGCUAUCCGAAUGUACGUCGCGUUCUUAGUUCGGUCGCGAUCGAAGCGAUCGAUGUAGCGAUCGAUCCGGGCGAAUGCUCUGGACGAAAUCAUCUCCAACGUGUUCGGUGGUAUUCGUCGUCGCUUACGAUGCCUCGUGCCAAGUUUAAACGACGCGCGUCUCGCGCCCUCGUCUAAGUAGAUUCGGGAUUUACGAUUCCAACGGAAAACUCAAAUUCCAUCGACGCGAAAGUUUCUCCUCUUCUCUCUCUCUCUCUCUCUCUCUCUCACUCACUCACUCACUCACGCUUUCUCAUUCUCCUUAUUCCACUCUUGCUCUUUCUCCAUCUCUUUUUCUCUUCCCCCUCUUUCUUGUCGUACCUUCUUCGAUAUAAACAUUUGGAGGAGCUUUGCAUUGGCUCGACGGUGAAACGACAGAUCUUUGGUGAGCUUCCCUCGUGAGUUCGUUGAAAGUGGUUAUAGAAUGAAGUGGUGGAAGAAUAGCUGUUAUAAGCUCGGACGUAAUUCGCCAGGAGUUUCGAACCAGGAGUAAAGAAGAGCUUUGGAAUUCUACACGAUUGUUUUCUGACGAAUAUCGUUAAGCAUCGUUUAAAAUCGAAUCGUUGAUAUUAUCUUGCGAAAGUGACUGAAUAUUAGGCGUUUCGAAAUCGGCAUCAAAAUUGUCAGUGUCGAAAGCGACUCAACGUUGUUGCGCGAAUCGAUCUGGAUCGACGAACGUUCUUUUCAAGCAAAUUCAUAUUUUUCUAAAACCGUUGAUACGAAACCGACCAUGAAAUAUUUGCAAAACAAGGACGAUAGUUGCGAAUCGAAUAUGAAAAAAGUGUUCGUAGCAUAGAAAGAUUUACGCCUAAAAAUCGGCACUAGCUAUUCGCUGGAAAUGGAGGAAAUUCAUGCAAUAUCGGCCGUAAGCCACAGUGCGCAAUAAUGAGAAUCAUCGCAGCCGAGGUCGAAAGGUCGCAACGAUAAUAUCGAGUUGAAGUAAAAGCAGCCUUCUCUGAGAGAGAAUCCUCGUUUUAUUUAAUAAAAAAAAAAGAAAAAAUUGUUUUGUCCUUGAAGAUCCUUGGAAAGAGAUAUAACGCUCCAAGUAUUUGAACGAUUAAUGUAUCAUUUGAAUUCGACUUGGGAAGGGCAAAGAAUACACCGGUCGAAGAUUGGAAAGCAAAGUUUGAAGCACGAAGAUAUCGGCAGCCGUUCAUACGGCAAAUCGAAAGAUUUCUCGGAAAGGGAAGGAAUCCGAGUUAGCUGGCGCUUUGAUAUUACGACUUCCUGCGGAGCACCCUUCGGCCGUCGCGUAGAUAUCGCGAAACUCCUAUCGAGAGAACGCACGCGCGUGUGUUCUCGAGCGUGUAACAGGUGUCCAGUGCGCCAGCAAACGUAUGUGGGAUAUAACUUUGCAAAGUCCGUAUUGAUCUAACCGAAGAGUCAUAAUAGAAUCGGCAUCGGAGAAGGAACGAUAUGUCCUCGUGAAGAGGGGGAUAAUCGCAAUAAGAUGAGUUAAUGAUAAGGAAAUCGUUGGAGGGUCUUUGGAUCGUCGAAAUCGUGGAAGACAGGCCGUCAAAAUAGAAUAUCCCGGUGGCAGUGGUAUGUACGGGGGUGGUACGGGAGGUGCGGGGUAUGGGGUCGGUUUGGGCCCGGGACCUGGACCCUCGCACUACGCUCCCUCGGGUUCCGGCGUGAGUUACCAAUUGGGCCCACCACCCCCACCGCCGCCAGCCGCUUGCCCCACCGGCGGAAGUCAGCUUCUGUCUUACGGGCCCAACCUAUCGCCUCAUCACAUACAGCAGACGCACGUGGACUCUCAGCAGUCGUCGAAAACACGGAGGUCGGACGAGGAUGAUACUAGUGGAUGUAAAUAUAGAAGACUGGAGGACGACAAUGUGCAGGACAAGGAGAGGUUUGCGAGGGAGAAUCAUUGCGAGAUAGAAAGGCGGCGGCGGAACAAGAUGACCGCCUACAUCACCGAACUCUCGGACAUGGUACCAACCUGCUCGGCCCUUGCGAGGAAGCCGGACAAACUGACGAUACUUAGGAUGGCAGUGGCACAUAUGAAAGCUCUCAGAGGGACCGGAAACACGGCGACGGACAACGCGUACAAACCAUCCUUUUUAACGGAUCAGGAGCUGAAACAUCUGAUCCUGGAAGCCGCCGAUGGAUUCCUUUUCGUCGUGAGCUGCGACAGCGGUAGAAUCAUCUACGUUUCCGAUUCUGUCGCGCCCGUUCUGAAUUAUACGCAGAGCGAUUGGUACGGGACGAGUCUUUACUCGCAAGUACAUCCGGACGAUACCGAAAAAGUACGGGAACAGCUAAGCGCCGCGGAACCUCAGCAGGGUGGAAGAGUAUUGGAUCUCAAGACCGGGACGGUCAAGAGAGAAGGUCAAUCGUCGAUGAGAUUGUGCAUGGGCUCGAGAAGGGGGUUCAUCUGUCGAAUGAAGGUUGGAAAUCUACAAACGUCGGGUGACAUGGCAGCCGCUCACGGUCUUCAUCGUAUAAAGCAAAGAAAUUCGUUAGGUCCGCCCGCCCGGGAUGGACAAAAUUACGCUGUAGUUCAUUGUACAGGGUACAUCAAAAAUUGGCCCCCCACCGGUGAUUUUGUUCCCCCAUGUGUACCAGGUGUGGGUCUAGCUGACAGGGGGCCUGGGGCCGUUCAAACAGGACCCGAUGGUGUAGUUACGGACGAAAGCGCAUCUACGCAUUGCUGCCUCGUCGCCAUUGGGCGAUUACAGGUUACUAGUACACCAAAUACGAACGAUUUAGCGGGUUCCAAUAGCAAUAGCGAAUUUAUUUCACGUCACUCUGCGGAAGGUACGUUUACCUUCGUGGACCAAAGAGUCGGUGGAAUAUUGGGGUAUACGCCCUCGGAACUUUUAGGGCAUAAAUGCUAUCAAUUCUUUCAUCCGGAGGAUGAAACCCAUAUGCGUGAAAGCUUCGAGCAAGUUUUGAAGCUGAAAGGACAGGUGGUUUCUGUGAUGUAUAGAUUUCGAGCUAAGAAUCGUGAUUGGGUGUGGUUGAGGACAUCGGCUUUUGCGUUUUUAAAUCCGUUUAACGACGACGUGGAGUACAUCGUUUGCACAAACUCACAUGCGAAGUCAUUCCACUCUGGUAGCGAUGGGCAAACGGAAAGCGAAGCUGUACCUGCUUACGGACAACCUGGUUUAGAUUACUCCCUUCAGAGACAUCCCACCAGGGAUCCUAUAUAUCCAGCGCAUCACAUGAUGCAACAUCCAGCGGCUGUCGCCGCAGCUGGUCCACAGCAACCUAGGCCGUCCAGUACACAAAACGUUUAUCAAGGGUACGAGACAACGCAGUCACCUAUAGCUUACGGUUCACCUGGUCAACAAAGUACAACUUCUUCUGUAUUAAGUAGAAUUCAAAAACCUGCGAAUACAUCUCCGACUCCCGUACAACAAGCAUGGGCCAUAGGUCGUCAGCAACCUGUAACGGAAGGAUAUCAGUACAGUCAAUUAAGUCCGUCAAGGUCACCAAGUGGACCGACGUAUACGCAAUUAAGUAGCGGUGCUAGAACACCGGCUACGCAAUAUCACGCAGUCACGACAGUGCCUAAUAAUCCGGGUAUGUGGGGAUGGCAAGGUCAGCAACAUCAAACGCCGCAACAAGAUGCCGCGCAAUCAAAUCCACAAGUUGCCGGUCAGACUCAACCACCUCAUCCUACGCAAGCUGGUGGUCCUGGCACGCAACCCCAAGAGCUCUCAGAUAUGUUACAAAUGUUACAAGACCAAGGUGGCGCAUCCGGAUUCGAGGAGUUAAAUAUGUUUAAUACCAAUUUUGAGUAGCGACCAAGGACGAAAAUUGCUGACACUCUUACAUCUUAAAAAACUUAAGGUUCAAAUCAUUUUUGGAUUAUUCUAAGCGUCGUAAUCCACAGUCUCUUAUUUGAGCAUUUCGACCUGUGCAAAGUUUAUGAUCAGCACCUUCUAUAGAUAUAUGCUACAUGAGCGUUACGUUACUAUCGAUUGGGCCACCCUAAUCGUUAGGUCCUCAGUCGAUUAGUUUUGUCCGCAUGCAUUUCAGAUAUUACGUUCUUUUGACGAUUUUUUCAAAUUAUGCUCUCGAAAUGGUAUGAAUUGUAUAAUGCAUUCUUAAGAUCGGUGGUUAUUGUUUAGCAAAAGUGCCAUUAGAGAAUGCUUGCUCUUAUAAUGUGUUUUUACCGGAUGUUCUAACGGAUAUGGAAAAAAAACAAAAAUUAAUCGUUAUUAACGCGAACAUAAUUAUACAAAGAUAUCAAGUGGUUUCGUUCUUCUUUGACGUAAUUACGAAUUCUAUGAUUUUAGAUAAUGCGAUUUGCAAGAGCGUGAAUCCAUUAUUUUAUAGUCAAUAUGAUCUAAUAAUUUGCAAAGGAAUGAUAAA